CCCGUUCACCCGUUCACCCGUUGUUUAUCUUGCGUCCGGCGUCCUCUCUCUCUCGUGGCGACGACUGGGCGACCUCCCCGCCCCCGCCGCUCUACGCCAGGUGCCCAGAUCUUCGUCGGGCCCUUCGCCGAAGAGCAGCCAACAGCUUAGGUUAAAAUCAAAAAAAUUUGUCGGGCGGAUAAUACAAGGCCUACACCAGAAGGAACACCCUUUGUGCGACAGGCGAACAGCUGUCUCUAUCUCUCUCUGCAGUGUUAUUUGGUUUAUUAUAUGCAGUUGCAGGGGAGAAAACUAAGGCAUGUUCACUGCAGCUAGAAGCACAGCCGCAGCAGAUGCAGCAGGCUUCUUAUAGUAUUUGCAGCUUAGGUCAAACUUUAUCUGUUAUUCUAGGCCCUCCACUGAUCUAGUUUGAUAGUGUUAGGAGUCUAGAUAGUCUAGAUAGAGAUCUGACCUUGAUCAUUCCUUUUGGAUUGUUGGUCGCGUGAGUGCAGUUGUUUCAAACUUUCCUAUUUCUUAAUGAAAUAGGGGGCUUCGCCCCUUCGUAAAAAAAAGAAGUUGGAGUGGCAACUGCAGCUAGCUGCAGCAAACACUCCUAACAAUAAUAGUGGAGAGAGACUUUCACGCUGUUUAAAUUUAGGUGAUUUUUGGGAAUUAACUUGCAGAUUUAUUAAUUAUUAUAUAGGUAAAAAGUGUAGUAUCAGUUACUAGGAGCAAGAACUUGCCCUGAUGACACAGUUAUUUUGGUUUUUCUGUUCACUUCUCCUAAUAUUUAACCUUUUGAGUAAGUGUGCAGAUUAGGUCUUAAAAAGGGAUUGCGAUUAAGAUUUUAUUGCCAGAGCCUGAGCUGUAGAAUUUUCCAUUUACACACGUGGCUGUACAGGGGGUAAACUUGCAGGAUUAUUACUUGGUGAUCCUAUAAGAUACACAUGCUGUGAACCCUGAUUUGUUUUAGCUGCUUUUGUUCGUUUUUGUCUACUUAGCCUUGCACACUGAGGACCUUUAUUGAGGUUGCCGGUCUGCGGGUUGAAUCAUGGCGGAGCACUUGGCUUCGAUCUUCGGCACUGAGAAGGACAGGGUCAACUGCCCUUUUUACUUCAAGAUUGGGGCCUGUCGUCAUGGGGAUCGCUGCUCUCGUCUGCACAACAGGCCAACUAUAUCACCAACUCUUGUGCUUGCUAACAUGUAUCAGCGCCCUGAUAUGAUAACCCCUGGAGUUGAUGCUCAAGGCCAACCUAUUGACCCUGAGAAGAUGCAGGAGCAUUUUGAGGACUUCUAUGAGGACAUCUAUGAGGAGUUGGGGAAGUUUGGUGAGAUUGAGAAUCUGAAUGUUUGUGAUAACCUUGCUGACCACAUGAUUGGGAAUGUCUAUGUCCAGUUCAGGGAGGAAGAGCAAGCAGCCGCAGCAUACAAUGCUCUUCAGGGGCGCUUUUACUCUGGCCGCCCUAUAAUUGUUGAGUAUUCUCCUGUGACCGACUUCCGUGAAGCAACCUGUAGGCAGUUUGAGGAGAACAGCUGCAACCGUGGUGGCUACUGUAAUUUCAUGCAUGUGAAGCAAAUUGGCAGGGAUCUCAGGAGGAAGCUGUAUGGGCGUUCUGCUUCCAGGAGGUACCAUGGGAGAAGCCGAAGCCGAAGCCCGCCACCACAAAGGAGGGGCCACCGUGACCGUGAUGACUACCACCACCGUGACCGUGAUGACUACCGUGGUGGCGGCGGUGGUGGAAGGGGAAGAGGUAGCAGGUAUGACAGGUACGAUGACGGAGCAGGCAGAGGUGGCAGGCAUGGCAGGUAUGAUGAUGGAGCAGGCAGAGGCGGCAGACAUGACAGGUAUGAUGAUGGAGGAAGGCGCAGGCAUGGUAGCCCCUCAAGGCGUGCAAGGAGCCCAGUCAGGGAAAGCAGCGAGGAGCGAAGGGCCAAGAUUGAGCAGUGGAACCGUGAACGGGAGGGAAAACAGUGAGCUCUCCGUGGCUACUGUUUGCCGGACUUGUUGCUUAGCUCCGGCUCUCAUCGCUAUAUUCUAAGUAUGCUUGUGUGGAUUGCAUUCUGCAUGGCUAAGUAAAACCUUUUAAGAUCAGGAUUCCUCGGUUCAUUUUAUGGUUAAACCAGACAUCAUUUGUUUCCAUCUGUGUUGUGUCGGAUCCUUUGCUAUUAUGUUAUUUUGACAAUUGGUGUCAAAUCUUUUGUGGUGUGCUAUUAGCUUAUGAUGAUGUCAGUUGUGGUUUGUCACUAGAUUUGCCAUCUGGCUUUCAGUCGUGU